AUGGGGAAACCAAGACGCACAAAGCUUGGUUCGCCUCCAACGGCUGGGCGGCGCGGCGGUUCCGCUCCCAACCGUAUCCGUCGACCCCCGGCCUCCACCGGCUCCUCUGACUGCAGCGCGCACAACCACGCCCCCGCUGACGACGGCAUGGCUGCCCCAGGAUCAAAGGACACAGAGUCUACCGGAAAUACUAGGGUGUGCCCUGCUGAUUCCGACUUCGACUCUUGUUACUCUCCUGCCACUGUCAAUCCAACCGACUGUGUCUCUGCUGCCGCGGAUCCUGCUCUUGCCCCCGCCACCGCCUCCACUGCCGCUACCAACCCUGCUCCUGCCACCACUGACCCUGCUCCUGCCCCCGCCACUGCCUCUACUCCUGCCGCUACUGACAUUGCUCCUGCCCCUGCCACCACCUCUAACCCUGCCCCUCCCCCCGCCACUGCCUCUACUUUUGCAGCCACUGCCCCUGCCCCUGCCCCCGCUACCGCCUCAAUUUCUACCCCCACUGACCCUGCUCCUGCCCCCGCCACCGCCUCUACCACUGCCUCUACUACCGCCUCUAUUCCUGCUUCUACCGACUCCACUUCUACUGCCGGUGAUAUCUCCAGCUCUGCUACCUUUGUAACCAAUUCUCAGCUCACAACCGCUGACGGCUACAUACUCGUUCGGAAGAAGGGAAACGCGCAACAACCGGCAUGUCGCUCCCAUUCCCCUAGUCAACCAUCGGUGACGGUGACACCAACGCCACGCACACAGUCCAAGUUGCCCGCCUUCUGCGUCCCAGCCCAGCCCGAGUUUCCCACCAGUUACGAUGCGGUGGCUGCCCUAGAGGACUCGCAGCCUACACAAGAUUCGGAAUGUCAUGGGAACCGCUGGAUCUACGGUCACCGCGUCAAAGAGCUGAAUCACCGCCUCAACAUUACCCGCAGAGCCUUCCGCCGCCGCCCCACCUCCCCAAAUCGGCGUUACCUGCAAGCCGUUGCGCGGCACACCUCCACCAUCAAGCAACAGUUGCGGGACGAGGCCUGGGUCCAAUGUGAGUUGAGGCGAGGACACGGCAUGGCUGUUUUCAUCGACUUGGAAAAAGCCUUUGAACUUGCGAGCCCCCUAGCCAUUCUGACAGCCCUUGCACGCAAGGGUGUCAGGGGGAGGCUGCUCUCGUGGAUGAAGUCAUGGCUCUGCAGCUUGCUGCUGAGCGUGUGA